AUGAUUCUUACGGAUCGUUCUCUUCAUGAAACAACACGUCGACGUGGUGUUGAUUUUGUUAAUGACCAAUCGUCAACACUUGUCCGAACAUCAGGUCGACGUACAUCCUCUACUCAUCACGGUCUUCCUCUAUCUGAUCCAUUAACUAAUUUAAGUGGAUCUAUAACGAAUGAUGCUGAUCCAAUACGAAUAUCUACUAUAAAUUGUCUUGUACCUGCUAGUGUAAAUUUUGCUACAAGUUAUCUCAAACAACAACUGCUCAUGCUGGCAUUUUCUCGUCCAUUAGAUGAAGAAUUAACUAUUGAAGAACAAAUUGAAGCAUCAAAACAUCCUGAUUUUGAAUCAUCUGAACGUGUUGUUAUAAAUGUAUCUGGUUUAAAAUUUGAAACACAAUUACAAACAUUAAAUAAUUUUCCUCGUACAUUACUUGGUAAUCCAUCUCGACGUGUACGAUUUUUUGAUCCAUUACGUAAUGAAUAUUUUUUUGAUCGAAAUCGACCAAGUUUUGAUGCUAUACUUUAUUAUUAUCAAUCAAAUGGUCGACUUCGACGACCAAAUCAUGUCCCAAUAGAUGUAUUUACAGAAGAAAUCAAAUUUUUCGAAUUAGGUGAAGAUGCAUUUAAUAAAUUUCGUGAAGAUGAAGGUUUUAUUAAAGAAGAAGAACGUAUUUUACCUAAACCAGAUGUUCAACGUAAAGUUUGGCUUUUAUUUGAAUAUCCUGAAACUUCUCAAUGGGCACGUGUUAUUGCUAUUAUAUCAGUUACUGUUAUUCUUAUGUCAAUUGUCAUAUUUUGUCUUGAAACUCUUCCUAAAUUUAAACGUUAUCGUGUACGACCAGCUGACAAUACAUCUUAUGAUUCAUCUCGUUUAACUAUUGAAGAAGAUGAUAUACCAGAAUUGACAGAACCAUUUUUUAUUAUUGAAACAUGUUGUAUUGUAUGGUUUUCAUUUGAACUUCUUGUUCGUCUUUUUUCAUCACCUAUGAAACUUGUCUUUCUUAAAUCAAUGAUGAAUAUUAUUGAUAUUGUUGCUAUUGUACCUUAUUUUAUAACAUUAUUUACAAUAUUAGCUGAAGAAAAAACUAAAUCAAAUCAAGCUAUGUCAUUAGCUAUAUUACGAGUUAUACGUCUUGUACGUGUUUUUCGUAUAUUUAAAUUAUCAAGACAUUCAAAAGGUUUACAAAUAUUAGGACAAACAUUACGUGCAAGUAUGCAAGAAUUAGCUUUAUUAAUAUUUUUUCUAUUUAUUGGUGUUAUAUUAUUUUCAUCGGCGGUUUAUUUUGCUGAACAAAGUGAACCAGAAUCAUUUUUUAAAUCUAUACCGGAUGCAUUUUGGUGGGCUAUGAUAACAAUGACAACUGUCGGUUAUGGAGAUAUGCGUCCAGUUGGUAUAUUUGGUAAAAUUGUUGGUUCAAUGUGUGCUAUUGCCGGUGUACUUACGAUUGCUUUACCUGUGCCUGUUAUUGUAUCAAAUUUUAAUUAUUUUUAUCAUCGAGAUAUUGAUUCUGAAGAACAAAAAGAUAUAAAAUAUUCUAUGGGAGGAAAUUCUACUUCACCAACUGGUGAUAUUACUGUUGAUCAUUAUGCUUUAACAGUAUCACCAAAAGAUAGUAACAAUGAUAUAAAUAAAAAUAAAUAUUAUUCAUCAUCUGAUGCAUAUCAUCAUUUUGAUGAAUCUGAUGCAUUUAUUCAGUCAUAUUCUAUGGCUGAUGAUACAACACAUCGUUCAUCGGCUACAAAUCAUAAAAUACAAAGAACAUCACCAACACAACAAUUAAUACAAAGAAAAAUUGCAUCUACAAAUAAUAAUAAUUUACAUCCAUCGAAUGAACCACUUAAUGUUGAAACUGAUGUAUAG